CCGCUCUUUCUUAUAAAUUAAACCAUAUACAUACAGACACACACACACAAAAAUACAAGUCCAGAGAGACAAAAUGGCCACAUUGGCAUGGAAGAACAACAUUGUUGUUGCAUCUAUUUUCAUGCAUGUGCUAGUCUUUUAUUCUUAUUCUGCUUCAGGGCGACCGGCCACUUUUGUUCAGGACUUCAAAAUUACGUGGGCUGAUUCGCACAUCAGGCAAAUCGAGGGAGGGAGGGCCAUCCAGCUGAUUCUUGAUCGAAACUCAGGUUGUGGGUUCGCUUCCAAGAGCAAAUACAUGUUCGGACGUGUAAGCAUGAAGAUCAAGCUCAUUCCCGGAGACUCUGCCGGCACUGUCACUGCGUUUUACAUGAACUCCGACACGAACACGGUGCGAGACGAGUUGGACUUUGAAUUCUUGGGAAAUAGGAGCGGGCAGCCAUACACAGUGCAAACCAAUGUGUAUGCGCAUGGCAAGGGUGAUAGGGAGCAAAGGGUCAACCUCUGGUUCGAUCCCGCCACCGACUUCCACACUUACUCCAUUCUCUGGAACCACCAUCAUGUUGUCUUUUACGUGGAUGAAAUACCGAUCAGGGUAUACAAGAACAACGAAGCGAGAGGGAUUCCAUACCCGAAGUUCCAGCCCAUGGGAGUGUACUCCACGCUGUGGGAAGCCGACGACUGGGCGACGAGGGGCGGGCUGGAGAAGAUCGACUGGAGCAAGGCCCCAUUCUACGCCUACUACAAGGACUUUGACAUCGAAGGGUGCCCCGUGCCCGGACCUGGAAGCUGCCCUUCCAACCCCGGAAACUGGUGGGAAGGGGCUUCCUGGCAAGAGCUCAGCGCCGUCGAGGCUCGACGCUACAGAUGGGUUCGCCUGAACCACAUGAUCUACGACUACUGCUCCGAUAAAUCUCGCUACCCGGUUACCCCACCCGAAUGUGUGGCUGGGAUCUAACAUCUCUCUCUCUCUCUCUCUCUAUAUAUAUAUAUAUACAUACAUACAUACAUAUAUAUAUGUGUGUGUAAUUAAGUGCUUGCAUGGAUGUUAAUUUGUACACGCUUUAAUUUACGUGCAUGCCCCUGUAAAGAGCCUCGUCUGUUUGGCAGCCAUGCAUGGAUAUCGGCAUCGAGGGGUAUAGAGGGAAGAACAAGAUGUUUUAUUGUGUAUAGAAAGUGCAUUAAAAUGGAGGUACAUGAUGAUCAUGAUUGUGUCUGUAUUGGCUGCGCAUAUUCUGUGCAAAUAAUGCUUUUGUUUUGCAUGAUUGUAAUAAAAGAAAAUAUAUACUUAUUC